AUGUUCUCGGAAGUGUUGGCUAUUCUCUUCGGAGUGGCCGUCUUCGGUGCCAUCAUCGCGCCCUACCGCGUUGUUUCAAGUUGUGAGAAUUCACUCUUCACCAAUGGCACCACCGUUGCCAACUUCACCGAAGUUACAGCUAUUUCUCAACCUUUUGUCCACCCUGAUGCCAAGCGACGUGAGGCAUGGGCCUAUAUGCUUGCUGCCUCAGUGACCUGCGUCAUAUGUACGGUGGCGUCGCUCAUCUGCUUCUUCGGCACCCGUGAAACGGGCAUCAACCUUGCCGACACAACUGCCGACGAUGUUGGGGCGGGUGACGGGGAUGGUGGUAAUGCGACGACACCAGUGGGUAUCUUCACCGCGGUGCGAAAAGUCCUCACCUACCCACCCUACCUCUACCUCAUGGGCGCGUUCCUCUUCCUGUCUCUUGGCAUUCAGUUCCUGCAAGGCAACAUCGCACUUUUCAUCACGCACUCCUUGCACAUGAGCAACUACCUCAUUCCGGGUAUCUUGUGCCUCCUCGGUUUCACCAUCCUUCUCGUGCCUCUUGCCCAAGUGCUGCUUCGACGCCUAGGCAAAAAGACCACCAUGGCCCUGGGCAUUGUUGAUUGGUUCGAGCGCCUUUUUUAA